AUGGAUUUCGAAAUGAAGUUCAUUCAAGAAGUAGACGUAAAUAAAUCAUUGAUGGAUUUCUUAUCCUCCGUGACUGGAUUUAUAUCAGAUGUGUGUAAUAAUGCUGAAAGCAUUAACUUUGAGGAUAUCAUAGAUGAAUAUGAGGCAAAAAGUGCCUCCUUAAUCAGACCCUUGUUCAAUAUGGGAGAUGAUUGCUAUGUGGGCCUUGCAGGUGAUGAACCCUAUAGUCCGUGCAUCAGCCCUGAUGUCAAUGAAUCUUCUAGACUACAGGAGUUAUCAGUAUACCCGAAGUUAAUUAACUUUGUCUAUCCUUCAGAAGACGAAAUGAAAACAGAUUACGAUGCAGUAUAUAUUAUGGCUUCUACGUCUGUGAACAAACCAGUAGAUUCUCCUAGUCAAGACUUAGAUGAUAGUUUUACUGGUUUUGAUCUAACUCAAAUUAUGAAUGUUUCCGAAAUCGCUAGUUGUAAAAGUGUUGACUUUAGUAUAGAUUCACAUUUCACAGGUAUCAAGACAGGUAGAGGAGAUUCUGUGACUUUGAAAGAUGUAUCCUCUCGGAAGUUUGCCAAAACACUUGUGGACUCGUCGAACGUUUGUGAUGAUGAUGUGGAUGUGGAGAAGAGUCACGAUAAUCACGAUUCACGUUUCACUGGUUUCAAGACAGGUAGAGGAGAUUCUGUGACUUUGAAAGAUGUAUCCUCUCGGAAGUUUGCCAAAACACUUGUGGACUCGUCGAACGUUUGUGAUGAUGAUGUGGAUGUGGAGAAGAGUCACGAUAAUCACGAUUCACGUUUCACUGGUUUCAAGACAGGUAGAGGAGAUUCUGUGACUUUGAAAGAUGUAUCCUCUCGGAAGUUUGCCAAAACACUUGUGGACUCGUCGAACGUUUGUGAUGAUGAUGUGGAUGUGGAGAAGAGUCACGAUAAUCACGAUUCACGUUUCACUGGUUUCAAGACAGGUAGAGGAGAUUCUGUGACUUUGAAAGAUGUAUCCUCUCGGAAGUUUGCCAAAACACUUGUGGACUCGUCGAACGUCUGUGAUGAUGAUGUGGAUGUGGAGAAGAGUCACGAUAAUCACGAUUCACGUUUCACUGGUUUCAAGACAGGUAGAGGAGAUUCUGUGACUUUGAAAGAUGUAUCCUCUCGGAAGUUUGCCAAAACACUUGUGGACUCGUCGAACGUUUGUGAUGAUGAUGUGGAUGUGGAGAAGAGUCACGAUAAUCACGAUUCACGUUUCACUGGUUUCAAGACAGGUAGAGGAGAUUCUGUGACUUUGAAAGAUGUAUCCUCUCGGAAGUUUGCCAAAACACUUGUGGACUCGUCGAACGUUUGUGAUGAUGAUGUGGAUGUGGAGAAGAGUCACGAUAAUCACGAUUCACGUUUCACUGGUUUCAAGACAGGUAGAGGAGAUUCUGUGACUUUGAAAGAUGUAUCCUCUCGGAAGUUUGCCAAAACACUUGUGGACUCGUCGAACGUUUGUGAUGAUGAUGUGGAUGUGGAGAAGAGUCACGAUAACCACGAUUCACGUUUCACUGGUUUCAAGACAGGUAGAGGAGAUUCUGUGACUUUGAAAGAUGUAUCCUCUCGGAAGUUUGCCAAAACACUUGUGGACUCGUCGAACGUUUGUGAUGAUGAUGUGGAUGUGGAGAAGAGUCACGAUAACCACGAUUCACGUUUCACUGGUUUCAAGACAGGUAGAGGAGAUUCUGUGACUUUGAAAGAUGUAUCCUCUCGGAAGUUUGCCAAAACACUUGUGGACUCGUCGAACGUCUGUGAUGAUGAUGUGGAUGUGGAGAAGAGUCACGAUAAUCACGAUUCACGUUUCACUGGUUUCAAGACAGGUAGAGGAGAUUCUGUGACUUUGAAAGAUGUAUCCUCUCGGAAGUUUGCCAAAACACUUGUGGACUCGUCGAACGUUUGUGAUGAUGAUGUGGAUGUGGAGAAGAGUCACGUUAAUCACGAUUCACGUUUCACUGGUUUCAAGACAGGUAGAGGAGAUUCUGUGACUUUGAAAGAUGUAUCCUCUCGGAAGUUUGCCAAAACACUUGUGGACUCGUCGAACGUUUGUGAUGAUGAUGUGGAUGUGGAGAAGAGUCACGAUAAUCACGAUUCACGUUUCACUGGUUUCAAGACAGGUAGAGGAGAUUCUGUGACUUUGAAAGAUGUAUCCUCUCGGAAGUUUGCCAAAACACUUGUGGACUCGUCGAACGUUUGUGAUGAUGAUGUGGAUGUGGAGAAGAGUCACGAUAAUCACGAUUCACGUUUCACUGGUUUCAAGACAGGUAGAGGAGAUUCUGUGACUUUGAAAGAUGUAUCCUCUCGGAAGUUUGCCAAAACACUUGUGGACUCGUCGAACGUUUGUGAUGAUGAUGUGGAUGUGGAGAAGAGUCACGAUAACCACGAUUCACGUUUCACUGGUUUCAAGACAGGUAGAGGAGAUUCUGUGACUUUGAAAGAUGUAUCCUCUCGGAAGUUUGCCAAAACACUUGUGGACUCGUCGAACGUUUGUGAUGAUGAUGUGGAUGUGGAGAAGAGUCACGAUAAUCACGAUUCACGUUUCACUGGUUUCAAGACAGGUAGAGGAGAUUCUGUGACUUUGAAAGAUGUAUCCUCUCGGAAGUUUGCCAAAACACUUGUGGACUCGUCGAACGUUUGUGAUGAUGAUGUGGAUGUGGAGAAGAGUCACGAUAAUCACGAUCCACGUUUCACUGGUUUCAAGACAGGUAGAGGAGAUUCUGUGACUUUGAAAGAUGUAUCCUCUCGGAAGUUUGCCGAAACACUUGCAGACCCUUACGUUUCUGGUUAUGAUUUCGUAAAAAUUGAAAAGUGCUGUCAAUCUUAUGAUUGCAAUCCCCAUAAUCUUAAAGACAAUUUAUCAUUGUGUGCGUACAGUGGCGAGAAACAAAUUGGCGAAGUGCAUGAUGAUUUCUGGGAAGCUUCUUAUAAUUAUAUUGACUCAUUUAGAGGAUGUUUUGAUACUCAAUUUGACUUAUCAUUAGAACGUUCUGAAGGUGAUACUCACAUGAUGGAAAUUAAUGUAUCAUUAGAAGUGGAACGUGAAAAAGCACGGGCUGACCAACAAAAUCUGAUUGCACAUAAUGAAUCAAUUCAAUCACCCAAUCAACAUGUGCUCUCUACAUCUGAUACUUCAUUGAAUGCUACAUUAUAUGGACUAUUGUGGAAUAUACGUAAAAGAUAUUAUGGGACUGAGAUAUUAAAUUCUACAAAAAACCAGUCACUUUUAAAAUGGAAAUUAUUACUUGCUGACAAUGCUAAUAAUCAAAAGUUAUCUGUUUCUUCUACGCCACUUCACUUACCGAAAUAUUUGAAGCUUUUAAAUGAUACUUAUAAUAAAUGGUCUUUACAGACUGCAGAUAAACUUUACUGGUUGCUGGAUAUGAAGUAUAUUAUGGAUACAAAAAGUGAAAGCAAUCUUCCUAUUUCUUACAAAUUCCAUUAUUUUAUUUUGAUUCCUGAUAAGUUUGGAUGUGUUGGAAAACAAGAAAUUAUCAAUUCAUUUUUAAGCUGUAGUAAAAUUUGUCCAAAUUUAAUUACCCGUGGUUGGAUUGAAAAUCAUUACUUACAAAUAAUGUGGAAAAUUGGUACAAUAGCUUUACUUUACAGUGAUUUAUGCACAACGUUACUUUGUGACUAUUGUGCACCGAUACAUGUUCUGAAUGAAUUACACUAUCGUUAUGAUCGUGAAAUAGAAACCUGUCAAAGACCAGCCCUUCGGAAAGUUAUCGAACAAGACGAUACACCGGCGCGGCGCCUAAUCUUGUGCGUCAGUCGCAUAGAUAUUUUUGACCAAUGUGUAAAGAAGGCUUGUUUAACAGAUGGCUGGUAUCAAAUUGCUUGGCAUCCAGAUCCCAUGCUUACAACACUGAUUACUUCUGGUAAAAUUCGUGUUGGUUCGAAGUUAGUAACUGCUGGUGCUGAGUUAAUCGUAACCAAUCCAUCAUCUACUAACAGUAAACCUAAAGGGAAGUGCUCUUCAGGUGAUGAGCAAAUUGACGAAUUUAAGCAUUUAUAUGGAGAUGAUGGUGUAGCUGUUGGAAUGGCUUUGAAGUUGCAUGGAAAUUCUACACGACCCGUUUCUUGGUGUUCACGCCUGGGAUUCACUACAAAACAACCAAGUUCAGGUGCUGGUCUGUAUCCUGUUCCUCUGUGUACUCUCAGUUCAGAUGGAGGCAUCUGUAGCUCGAUUCGAGUAGUGAUCCAACGUCGAUAUUCCCUACAAUAUAUGGAGACAUUAGAGGUCCCAGAACAAAAUUCAAAUACAUCAACUCUUUUGACACGUGCAAAUUCUGGUCCAGAUGAAUUAUCUUCAAAGCUUCGUUUAAAUCGUCGUCGAAUUUUUCGCAGUGAACGGGCUGAGGAGGCGGAAGUCAGGCUAUAUGAAGCUCGCAGACUCAGAGUUAUUGACAGAGCCUUAGAUAGACUUGUAAUUAACGAUCCAAGUAAACGUCGAAUUCAACCUACACAUGAACAAUUAAUAGCUUUGGGAAAUGAUGGUGAAGCAUUGUUACAAGCAAUUCUAAAUGCCCCAGAUUCUAUGGAAGCUGAAUCUAAUUUAACUCAAGUACAACGUGAUGCUAUACAACAUUAUAAAGAGUCUAUCAUUCAUGAUGCAAUUGUUGAAAAUGUCCCACCUAGACAGAUUACUCCUCUUUUGCGUUUGAGAGUUUCAGGAAUUCAUCCUAGAGAUAUUGCUGGUGGUUAUAGCGCUUCGAUUACUUUAUGGAAUCCAACGGAUGAAAUGUUAUCACUUUUGAAAGAGGGGGAGGUUGUUGAGUUUUAUCGUCUGCAAGUGUCGGCUACACGUGCAAACGAUCCAUUUGCAUCUCCAUCAACUCUUCCAGGAUUCGUCAAACCUAUAGGCGUCAAUAUACCUUCUGGUUUUGUAUUAAGCCUUUCUGGUGGUCGUACAACACGCAUUUUAUCAUUAGGUCAUAUUUCCAACUUGAAAGGAAUCGUUUCUACUGAUAAUAUUUCUCGUGUAUAUCAUCCAAGAGUAAAAUUAAGCGUUUCUGAAGCCUAUCAAGCAUUUAUUCAAGAGGACCAAUCUUCUACGAGUUCACUUAACAAAGGAAAUCGUGAGGUUGAUUUAUGUUGUUUGAUUAUAGCAAUUUAUCAUACUCCAAUGCAUUCGAAUCCAUCUUCUAAAAGCUAUCCACCUGAUGUUAAACAACAGUUGGACCAUCCAAGAACAAUCGAUACUCCUUUUAAAUAUCCUUCUUCGGAUGUCGAUUGCGUUUAUGCAGUGGAUGUGAAUUGUAAAUCAGAAACAUGUUUAUCUGUGAUCAAAUUUUGGGAUGGUUUACAGGCUCUUCAUUUAAUGGACAUAGUUCAAAUUGGUCGUGUCUUAUGUUUCACCGACUUGCAGUUACGUCAUUGUCAAACAAUUAAUACAACGUCUAAAUUAAAUAAUCAACCUUCGCGUACAAUUCCUCUUAUUACCUUACAUUAUACGUCUGCUAGCAAUGUUACAGUUGAAAAACCAAUCGUUCGACGUUCUAGCCGGAUCGCAUCAAAUAAUGAGUCAGAUCCUACUGUUGUAUCCUGUUUACAACAAGUUUUAAAGGACUUUCUGUCUUCAAAAUCAGGAUGUGAAAUAGAUUUACAAAUAUCUAAUUCUCCUUUGAAUCAUAGCAAAUCUUUAACUCCUGCAUCGAAUACAUCACAUUCUACUGGUGUUGGUUUGUCAUCAUUAUUACGUGGUUCUGUUGGUCGUGUACAAUCAACUCCUGUUCACACUACAAUAGAAACUGCGAAAAUUUCCACUUCACUCGAAAAUUCUUCCUCUAUUUUAAAUAUAACUUGUCCGUCACCAACUGAAUCAAUGCUUAAGCAAGGUCUUCCACUUAAAGAACAAAAUUUUACUCCAAUUAAACGAUUUGUAUCAACAACCACUACUGACUGUGAACAAUUUUUAAACAACAAUACACCAAAAACUGUUACUUGUUCUUACACUCGAACCCUUCCUAAUCGAAGUGCUUCGCGUACAGGUCUUUCACGAAAAACUCGUGUUCGUUCUAGUAUCCCUGGAUUAAAAAAUUCGUCUAUAACUGUUUCAGAUAAAUCUAUUUCUCACGAAAUAAAACAAUCUGAGAUCGUUGAUAUUGCGAAGUCACCAACUCCUGAUAUUAUUCACUCGCUACUUAUUACUGAGGAACCAUGUUUUACUCCUGAGCCUAAAGCUAAACGUCCUCGCAGUUCCCAACGUAGUAAUCAAUGUGAUAACUCAUUAGAACUUUGCAAUAACAAAGAGAUUUUAGAAUGUAUUCAAUCACCUAAGGAUAUUUUGAAUAGUUCAGUGGAAGAAAAGGAAAUUAUAUCAUCGUCUGAUGCAUUUCGAUUAAAAACUCCUUCUUACAAUUCAGAAAUAUUCACUAAUUCACAGCUUACAAAUGAUUCAUUUGAUAACUCCGAUAUGAGUAUUGCAGAUUUAGUGAAAACACGUCAACGUCGUCAGUCACGUUCAUCUCAACACAUCACCACCACAUCACCAACGCAACAUUCCACACCAAUCAUAUCUAAGCACCGAUUAUCAUUGAAAAGAACUUCAAAAUAA